CCAGGCGGCGGCGGGCGGGCGCGGGGAGCGGGGCCGCGCUCCCGGGCCGCGCUCGGGACUUCGGGGACGCUCCGGAGCGGGGCCCGCCGCCGGGCGGGCAGCCGCAGCCCGCAGAUGUCAAAACUAACCUGGACUACUUGGGAAUGGCGAAACAUAGCCCUGGGAUCCUGCCAUGAACAGUAAGAAAGUUGAGAUGCUUCAUGUGCAUGAAGAACAGAGGAGAUAUUUCCGCUUAUCAGAGAUGAUGUGGAGAGAUACUUUGGGAGUAACUAACCUGGGCGGCAUGGAUCAUUCUGUGCUCAGAGGGGAGGUGUCAGCAGUGCUUCAUGACAGAUCUCUGGUGGAAGAGGAGGAUCCUCAUAUGAAAGUAUCUCUUGGUAGCAGCGAUAUGGGCAUCUCUGCCCAUCUACAGUCUUCUAAGACAGGGACUACGAGAUUUUUCACCAGCAAUACUCACAGUUCUGUGGUAUUACAGGGUUUUGACCAACUGCGAGUGGAAGGUUUGCUUUGUGAUGUGACGCUAGUUCCAGGAGAUGGUGACGAAGUGUUUCCUGUUCACAGAGCGAUGAUGGCUUCUGCGAGUGAUUACUUCAAGGCUAUGUUCACAGGAGGAAUGAAGGAACAGGAUUUAAUGUGCAUUAAGCUUCAUGGUGUGAACAAAAUAGGCCUAAAGAAGAUCAUUGAUUUCAUUUAUACUGCAAAACUUUCCCUUAACAUGGACAACCUUCAGGACACUCUGGAAGCUGCCAGUUUUUUGCAGAUUUUACCUGUUUUGGACUUCUGUAAAGUGUUUCUUAUCUCUGGGGUUUCAUUGGAAAACUGUGUUGAGGUUGGGCGAAUUGCCAACACAUACAAUCUCACAGAAGUGGAUAAAUAUGUUAAUAAUUUCAUCCUGAAGAACUUCCCUGCGUUAUUAAGUACUGGUGAAUUUGUGAAACUCCCCUUUGAACGUCUUGCCUUUGUGCUUUCAAGUAAUAGCCUUAAGCACUGCACUGAACUUGAACUGUUCAAGGCAGCUUGUCGCUGGCUACGGUAUGAGGAGCCUCGGAUGGAGUACGCUGCAAAGCUAAUGAAGAACAUCAGGUUUCCGCUGAUGACGCCCCAGGAUCUUAUUAACUAUGUUCAAACGGUGGACUUCAUGAGAACUGACAAUACCUGUGUAAACUUGCUUUUGGAAGCCAGCAAUUACCAAAUGAUGCCAUACAUGCAGCCGGUUAUGCAGUCGGAGAGGACUGCCAUUCGCUCAGACAGCACUCACUUGGUGACGUUGGGGGGAGUGCUGAGGCAGCAGCUGGUUGUCAGCAAGGAGUUACGGAUGUAUGAUGAAAAGGCCCAUGAAUGGAAAUCCUUAGCUCCCAUGGAUGCACCAAGGUACCAGCACGGCAUCGCCGUGAUUGGAAACUUUCUUUACGUUGUCGGGGGCCAGAGCAACUACGACACAAAGGGAAAGACGGCGGUUGACACGGUCUUUAGGUUUGAUCCUCGCUACAACAAGUGGAUGCAAGUUGCAUCUUUAAAUGAGAAGCGCACCUUCUUCCACCUAAGUGCCCUCAAAGGACAUUUGUAUGCAGUCGGUGGCCGAAAUGCAGCGGGUGAGCUAGCCACUGUGGAAUGUUACAAUCCCAGAAUGAAUGAAUGGAGCUAUGUCGCAAAAAUGAAUGAACCCCACUAUGGUCAUGCUGGAACCGUGUAUGGGGGAUUAAUGUAUAUUUCAGGGGGAAUUACCCAUGAUACUUUCCAAAAGGAACUUAUGUGUUUUGACCCUGACACAGACAAAUGGACUCAGAAAGCUCCGAUGACAACAGUCAGAGAACUACCGCUUAUGCAUGCGGCCAGGCGCAUUUACGGAAACCUUGAUCUGCUCCAAAAUACAGUGCACUGCUGAGAAGUUGCAGCUCUGAGUGUGUAUAGAAGGCGAAUACCAUCGUGCUUGUUCUGAACUUCCCAUCGUAUGUUGCAAGUGGUUUUGCUAAUGAACACAGAGGGGCAUCAUCUGGGGAAAAUUGUUUACAUCUGUUAGCUGAUUUUCUUGUGCUAGCUAUUACCAUUAAUCAUGUAAAGUUUAAUGGACUUCUGUUGGGAGUAUGCUGUUUGUAUUUUGUCCCUGCUUGAUGCAUCAAGCAGCAGUAUUACUAUGGUGUCAAUUUUGGAAGUACUGAUAUUUAUUCUUUAUGCAUUUUACUAGUAAUGAUCACUACCAAAAUAUAUGUGUAAGCUUUAGGUUUUAUAAUUGUUUUGGUUAAAAUCAAAAGCAAUUCUUCCUCUUUAAAAAAAUAAUAAUCUUAAUUCUGAGUAACUGGGCAGGGUUGUUACAGGUGUUAAUAGUGGCACCAGUGAAUACUCUUGGAAAGUAGCCAGUCAAGAUGAAUUGACUCAUCACCUUAAGAAUAUUCUUCUAAUCCUGUGCAAAGCAUCAGAUAGGAAAAUGUUGCUCUGUCAUUUAAGUAUGUGUCAGUCAUCUAAAUGUCGCAUGCUAGUAAUUUUCUUUUCCAGCUCAGAGACCAGAUUUUAAAGCCUGCUUGAGUUUAAAUCCCCUGAAAUUCAUAUUCCAUUUCUAUUUUAUUAAUUAAACUACAAAGUAGUUGAAGUAGUUGCAACUCCCUUUGGAUAACAUAAAUACAUCCUGCUGUCUGUAGGCUGGGGGUGAGGAGGUGCACUGAUUAAAAGUGGCUAUCUUCACUGGUACUCUCCAUGCAGAAGCAGCUUAGGGUGGGUUCUAACCGUUAUGAGACUGUUAGAAGGCAGGAUGUCAAAUUUUUGUGUCUGAGCCUUGAGAAUAGCCCAGGAGCUGGUAUAUGAUUGCGGUGUAGAGACUUAAUAUUUUUUUAGUGACUCAUUAUCUAUUCUACUUAAAGUGGAAGAAUUCUUUUUGAACGUCAUUUUGUCAUCAGUGUUGGACAUAGCAGAGUGGAUUAAAUGUAGUGCUUCAAUCAAAUUAAUCUUUGAGGUUUUUUCUUAUAUCCCCCUCUGGAUUAGAGUGUUCCUAGUGACAUUAGUUAACAUCUACUCACCAGAAUUGAAAAGCAAACAUCAAAGAUUUGCCGAGACCUGCAAACAGUUUUCUUCUGUAAUGCAGUGUAAAAUGACUUAAUUCUCAUUACAUCUGUCUUAACCAUAGCAUAACAAACCCUAUCCAUCUCUGAAUCCACAGCUGUAGGUGUACAUGUAGAUAGAGCAGAUAUUCAGUCUCCUUUUUCAGUAAGGCUGCUUUUAUGAAGAGUAAGUGUGUCAUCGUAUCUAGAGCCAGCAGUGUCCAGAUGAUAAGCAGCCACCUCUUUUUCGUACAUCUUGAAUGCUUUCAUUACUGCAGUUAUAGUACCUAAAUUAGAAAAACAUCUGGGUAAAAAGCAGUUGUUAGAUAUUUGACCUGAAUGCGAACCAGACUACGUGAGUGUGCCGGCCGGGAGAGCCGCUGGAGCUGCCUGCCCUCCCCCAGUGAUGGCAGACCCACACUGCAAUCUUGGAAUUGAUUUAGACUUUGCUUUUUUUGGUGCCCAAUUAGCAGCAAAUGCCAGAAGUCCUCACUUCCAUAUACAACUCAUCAAAAGGCCUGGCUGAUAUCCCUGCAAAGAAACGCAGCACUCUGAAUGACUCGAGGCAUCUGGGAUGGAAAUUCCCUUGUGCUGUGUUUUGAAAUAGGACAAGAACGAUGAGGAAGAGAACCUGGAAAACCCAGAAUAUUUGAAGUUUCUUUGCCCUGUUUACAUCAAGGAGCUGAUCGUCUGCAGAUGUCCAGUUUUCCAUGGUUCCCCUUCCCUUAAAGUCGUGUAAGGUCUGAGAGUCUGGUCCAGGGAAAGCAGUUAAUGGCAGGACCCAACCUCUCCUGGGGCAUUUGCAGUCUUAGCAUUCUUGGGAUAAUGGAGUUAUGAAGGGGUGAGAACUGGAGCAGCAGAAUGCAGCUGACCUGUGGCUCUAGAGUUCCCUGUGCGGAAGAAUCACGGAGUCUUACGGCACAAAAAUGAGUUGUGCCAUAUCAGUGCUACUUUUAAAUUGCCCAUUUUGUUUCUGAGGAGGGGGAUAUUCAAGGAGUAGCGUUUUAGUAACAGUCAGAAGCUUAAAGCAAUAGUCUGAUUCUUCAGUGGAAUAAUGGAAAUCUUGGAUUAGGGCAGUUUGCAUACAGAUAAAUAAAAUUCUCCCCAAAGGUUUAAAGUCUUAGUCUGAUGGACUGGUUGGACAUAAAAAAUAAUUUGAUGCCACAGCAAUAAGUGCAAUACAUCUGGAGAGGUUUAAAGCCAAAGAUUUGGGGAUUAUCUGAUCUGGAAAGAUCGGAGCACUUUUUUUUUUUUUUGCAAAGUUCACUCUGCCUACUGGAACUGUUGUUACUCCUUAAUUUAUACUCCGGCUGGUACGUACCUCACCCUUGCAUUGGUGUCUGACUCUGCUGGUUACUAGGUUUUUAAUCCUUCCUUUUUGUAGCUGAGAUCUUUGUUACUACUUCUGCACCUAAUUGGAAUUGAUGAAGCUGAAGCUUUUCUAGUGGUGUGAUCCAUCAAGGGAGAAAAUAGCCCACUGCUGGUGUGUAACAUAAUCUUUAAAUGUAAUCAUAAUUCAGCUUGUGCAUACUUUGAAAUAUAUAAGUAAUUUUAACCUAGUGAAAGGUCUGUGUGUGUGGUGAAGGAGUAACGUGUCCCAUUUCCUCCUGCCUUGUACCUUACAUGGUGUUUUAGGCUGUGCGUAGUGAGUGGUAGUUACCCAGAGAUCUGCAGGGUGACUCACUUUAGGCUUUCCAUGCUCUGUCAGUGUUGUGUACUUGCACAGCAUAUGUAGCUGCUUAGACUUUUUUCCUUUUAUAUUUUAGUUAAAAUGUGAAUCAUUGUUUUUUGUGUACAGAUAUGUUCAGGAAAAAAGUCUUAAAAUGCAGAGUUAUGUAGACGUUGCUUAAUGAUGAAGUUUGUGGUCCCAUGGGUACUGCAGGACCUAUUCAGCUGUGAUCACAGUUUUGAGAACAAGCCAGCAAAUUAGGAUGACUUUACUGACUGGCACUGGCUUGCACGCUCCUGUUGCCAGUCUUUUACACAUCAAUAAGUGACCUUUUUUUCUCAGUCCUUAGGCUCUAUCUUUUGAUGUCCAGCACUGUCUGACCAGCUGGUUACCCAUUCUGGGGAAAAUGUGGUGGGAUUUGUUCCGCAAGGUAUCUUGGUAAAACAACGCGGCUAGUUCUUGUCAGGAAUUCCAGCAUCAGUGGUACACAGGAGUCCUGCGGAGUUGCUUAAUGACCAGCUGAUCUGUAGAAGAUGCAGCCCGGAUAAGCUGGGAGCAGUGCUACAGCAGAAGGGAUGAUUUGGAAUGAGGAUCGUCUGCUCCUCUGUGUAUUGUUUUGGCUCUUGAAUGAUGGUUUCCCCCCCCAUCUUUGGGAGUGUUUGGGUUGGUUACAUUUUAUUCAUAAAAUGAGUAAAACCUCUCUAAUUUGUAGUGGGAGUGAAAGGUUCAGUUGUUUCUUCUUGAGCUGCAUGCUGUUGGGCUAGCCACAUAUUAAUUGAAGUUCUCUAUUUGAGGCUGUUUCCGAAGCGUUUAGAAGAAUUCAGCUUGCAGUGUGGAAAGACCUCAGAUGAAAAUGUGUUUUGGGCUGGAAAAACAUGAAGCUAGAAAAGUUGCAGAGUGAAAUUUGAAUUCUAGUCAGGAAAAAAGCAUAUUUUUAGAGUUUGUUGGCAUGGUUCAGAGAUUCGUUUAGAUGUUGAGGUCCCACAGACUGUCUGGAGCACAAUUUUUAAAUUUAUUUAUGUAUUUAAAACAACUUAUAGUUGGCUUAGGUGAACCAGAGCUCAGUUGUUCAUACCUGCUUGGACUCUUGGCUGGCCUGUUGCUGUGUGGGCAUUAGGUGUUCUCUCUAGACCUCAGCAAUCUGCGCUGGCUGGGGUGCGUUACCUCUCCUCAUCCAUACUGCCUGUUGAUAGAGUUCCAAAAUAAAUCUGAGCCUUAAUUCUUAUAUCUGAAGUACCUGGUGACUCUGGCCGGCUAAAGAUCACGUGGAGCUGUGGAAUGAGGACUGUGGCUUUGACUUCUAAUUUCCUGCCAGCCCUUUGCUACCCUGCAAGCAAAUGUUCCCAAAUCCAGGUAAAAUGUGUGUGCAGGAGGCAAAUCUCGAAAGGCUGACCUAAAGUUUACCCUGGCAUCUAGAGACCACCAGAAUCUCCUCAUCCUCUUUUCCCGGAGGGUUGUGUACCAGAGCUGCUGAGUCCUCUGGAAGGGGUAGAAAUACAGCAACUCUUUGGUUUGCAAUACUUCAUUCUUGGCCAUCGCUUCUGCCCUUUCUUUCUUCUGCGCCUAUAUGGAAAUUGCAGGAGGGGAGGGUCAGGGUUUGGUCAGGCUUUGCAGACCUCAGGAGAGAGCAAGCUUGUUUACUGUCGUCUGUCUGCAAAACACUGUGGGGAAAAAGAACUGUAGAAACACUUCAGAUUUUAAACAUUAACUCCCAGAACAGUAUCAAUUAAUGAAGGAAAACAUUAAAAUUUCCCCAUUAUAACAUGUGUCCCCCAUAUCCACUGUUCCAAAACACUUGGCCUCUGUUGGAUUAACAGCUCUGCCUUUACCUGCCUUGUUCAACAUCAUUGUAAAGCAAAACAAAAAGGCUUGGUUUCUUUUCCAUUUGUUUUUCAUUGCUUGUAACCUUUUCUUAGAAGUGUGGAAAUAAUUUUCCUUAACAUGUUUUAUGCACUGAAAUAAACAAACCACUGAUCACCCGA